AUGGAGACAGCGUUGAAGCCCCACUGUGAUGAACAGCACCUUCAUCAGGCUGAAGACUUCCAUGGGAAGCAUGAGCAGAACAGCAAGCUUUCAGGAAUAAAAAAAGAUAUUGAGAAACUCUAUGAGGCAGUGCCACAGCUUGUAAAUGUGUUCAAAAUUAAGGAAAAAAUUGGAGAAGGCACUUUUAGUUCUGUUUACUUGGCCACAGCACAACUACAAACAGGAUACGAGGAAAAAAUGGCUCUGAAACACCUGAUUCCAACCAGCCACCCUCUGCGAAUUGCCGCUGAACUUCAGUGCCUCACAGUAGCAGGGGGACAAGAUAACGUUAUGGGAGUUAAAUAUUGCUUUAGGAAAAAUGAUCAUGUGGUUAUUGUUAUGCCAUAUCUGGAACAUGAAUCCUUCUUGGACAUUUUGAAUUCACUUGCCUUUGAAGAAGUGAGGGAAUACAUGUUUAAUCUGUUCAAAGCGUUGAGGCGCAUUCAUCACUUCGGUAUUGUUCACCGUGACGUCAAGCCCAGUAACUUCCUCUACAACAGGCGGCUAAAGGAGUAUGCCUUGGUAGAUUUUGGCUUGGCGCAAGGAACCCCUGAUACAAAAAUUGAACUUCUCAGAACUGCCCACUCUGAAGACCAUCAGGGAAGCUGCUUGCAGAACGGCCCUGCUGCAGUGGUGGGAAGCGGGGUUUCUGUCCGCGCCACGGCGCCCAGCCAGCCAGCUCCCCAGCCAGCCUCGGGGGCAGCUGGCCCGGGGUUUUUUUUUCUCCCCGUGACCUGCGUCGGGGCGCCGGGCUGCUGACCGGCAGCCUUCAGCCUUCGGAAGGGACGGGAGGAUUCCGUGCAGCAUUCUGUCCAGCGCUCUGUCUUUGGAGAGAGGAAUUUCAAUGUCUAUAGUUCCACAUACCAGGAGAACUCCAGUACAAAACUCAUAAAACAAUCGAAGAUCAUAGAUGUUUCAUCUAGGAAGUUAGUAACAAAGAAGAAGAUUAUUUCUACCAAAACAGUGAGCAAUGGGGCAGCCAGGAAGGCUGCCAGUGGUUGUCCCUCAAACCUGAUCUGUGACUGUUACGCAACAGAUAGAGUUUGCAGUGUUUGCCUUUCAAGGUGUCAGCAAGUUGCUCCCAGGGCAGGAACACCUGGAUUCCGAGCACCCGAAGUACUAACAAAGUGCCCCACUCAGACCACAGCAAUUGACAUGUGGUCUGCAGGAAUUGUAUUCCUUUCUCUGCUCAGUGGACGGUAUCCAUUUUACAAAGCAAGUGAUGAUUUAACUGCUUUGGCACAAAUCAUGACAGUUCGUGGAUCCAGGGAAACCAUUCAGGCUGCUAAAACUUUUGGUAAAUCAGUUCUGUGUACCCAAGUUGUCCCAGCACAAAACUUAAGAACCCUCUGUGAGAAACUGAGAGGAACAAACAGCAGCUGCAAGAGAUCCCAGGGUGAAGUGCCCAGCAGGUCUGUAAAUGACUCGGCUUUACCAGUUGCAGUAGACAAACCGUGUGCUCCCGAGACACUCGGAAAACAAACUCAGCACUUAGAGAGCUUUCAGGGAGGUGAUGGUGCUUUGGAAAUGAAGGCAACAGACAUGAAAGGAUGGGAUCAGGUUCCUGAUGAAGCAUACGACCUACUUGAUAAGCUACUAGACUUAAACCCUGCAACAAGAAUAACUGCCAAAGAGGCUUUGCUGCAUCCUUUUUUUAAAGACAUGAGACUCUAA